CAGAGAGGAUUGAGAAAAAAAUAAUUACUCAUAAUUGCUCAUAAUUUUUCUUAGUGAUCUCACAAAGUUAUAUCCACAAAUAAUAAUAAAAAAUAAAUAUAAAAAAGAAAUUAACAACAAACAUUAACAAAAGAGAAAAAAGUGGUAUGAAUUCUCGAAAUUGGCGUGUUGGUUUCAUUGUAAUUUCAAUCAAGUACAGCAUUAUAAGUUACAUUGGCUGGUGCUAUUAUAAAAAAAAUAAUAAAAUCAAUCCAAAACCUUCAUCUGACAGUUUAAAAAAUUUUCCCAAAUAAAGCAAGGUGAAAUUUAAAAAACAAACAUUAUUUUUGUGUUUUAUACUCAAUUUUGUUGACUAAAAAAUUAAUCAUUUAAUCCAAAAAAAUAAGUUCAUUGUAGUGACAAUUACUGGUUCAUUUAGAGAAUCACAGAAGAGAUAUAUCCAGAUAACAAAUAUAAAAAACUAAUUUCCAAUGAUGAUAAAUUAAUUUUUUUUUUAAAUUAAAAAAUAUAAUAUAUUAAAAUGUUUGGUGGUAUUGAACAAGCAGUUUCUGAGCCUUGGAGAAAAUUUCUUGAUUUUGGUUCAACAAUUGAUCCAAAUAUCACAUCAAGCAUGUCUGAAAAUGAGCACAUUUGUAAAUUAAUAUUAUACAAAGAAAUUCAAGGUUCCAGAAUACGUAUAUGGGAUGUAGCAAUACUCAUACCAAAUUUAAUAUUUUUAUUAUUUAUAUUAAUACGAUUUAAUCGUGCAAGAUUGAAAUUACGUGCAACAAGUAGUCCAAUUUUUUUGGCAUUUUAUGGACUAGUAAUAUGCAAUGUUUUGAUAUCAGUUGUAAGGUGUGCUGUAUCAAUGAGUGUAAAUGCAGCUGAUGAUAUUGGUGAAAAAGUUGAUAAAGUAAUGUGGGUUACUGUUAGAUUUUUUUUACUAGCAACUGAAAUGAGUGUUGUUAUAUUUGGUCUUGCAUUUGGACAUUUGGAUAGUCGUUCAAGUAUAAAAAGAGUAUUAUUUGCUACGUCAUUUAUAUCAUUGGCAUUCACAAUAACACAAGGAACACUUGAACUUGUUUUACCAGAUGAUACAUUUAGAAUUCCAAGUCGUGAUUUUUAUGUAUUUGGACAUGGUGGAAUGAUGUUUUGGUUUUGUAGUAGUAUUGUUUUUACACUUAUUUAUUUUUUUAUACUUAUUUUACCGUGGACUAGAUUACGUGAUAGACUUAAUUUACCAACUAGAAAAAGUUUCUACUUUUAUGCUGGUACUUUGGCUAUGUUGAAUUUGGUACAAUCAAUUGGAGCUGGAUUAUUAAAUUACACACAAAAUCCAAUUGGUUUGUGUGUUGUUGAUUUAACAGCUGCUAUUUAUUUGACAUUUUUUACUCCACUUGUUUAUCAUACAUUUCUAUCUGAAUUUUUUGGAGUAUCACAACCAACAAUAAUGUUUUCUUAUAAAGCUCAAGUUGAUGAUACAAUGGAAGAAGACACAGUGUCAUUGCCACAUCAACAAAGUUUUUCAUCAUUAAAAACCGACAGUGACUACAUUUAUCAGGUCCAUACACCGUCAAUACAUAUGCCCCUUUAUGAAUCAUUAACAACAAAACAAUCAUCAUCAUCAUCAUCUAAAAAACGUAAUUCCCUAUACUCUCUCUCAUCUAAAAAUGAUAAAAAAUUACCAAGUACAAGUCAUUACAGUUCACAAUCAACAUUAUACAAUAAUCAAAAUGAUGAAUUAAUGAAAAUUAAAAAUAGCACACCAGAAUUAUCCGGUGAUAAUAGUACAAAUGAUAGUAUAAGUAAUUUAAUGCUAUCACCAAGUACAGCUAGUAAUUUUAUUUAUACACCAAAUGAUAAUGAUAGUAAUGCAAAUUUAUUUACUGAAUCACGUAAACAAAGUAUUGAUUAUGAUGAUAUUGAUACUGUUGAUUCAAGUCAAUCAAUAAUAUCUAAAAUUGAUAAUAAAUCAUUAUUAACAAUAAAUACAGCAUCAACAAGUAGCACAUUACCACCACUUGAAAAUAGCUUGACAAAUAUACUUGAUAAUGAUAAAAAUAUUAUAUACAAUAAAAAUUUACCAUCAAAUUAUUCAGUUAAAUCACUUGAUUUUGAUAUUGGAACUGAUAAAAUUCAUGAUAAAUUUGAUAAUAAUAUAUCGAGUCGUUCAAAUUAUGAUUUUAAUGAUAAAAAAAAUUAUAAAGAUGAGAGAGAGGAAUCUGGUGGUGGUUUAGGUGAUUAUUUACAAUCACUUAAAUCACCAAAAUAUCAAAGUCCAAUUAAAGAUACAAAAAAUUCAUAAAUUCAUUUAUUUAUUUAUUUUAAUUUAUUAACUGGAAAAAAAAUUCAUCAAGUCACAAAUACAUGUAGCUAAAAUGUAUUACAAUUUAUUUGAAACGAAAAAAAAUCAAUUGAAAUUUGCACAAAUUUUGUAAAUAUUUUUAAAAAUUUCAAAUUUAAUUUUUGUACAUAUUUGCGAUAAUAAUUUUAGCACAGUCUCUCUAUAAAAAGGAAAAAAAAUUCUUAUAUAAUUCUUACAUAAUAACAUGUAACUCUGAGAAUUAUUAUUAUUUUUUUUUUCUAUUAUUUAAAAAAAAAAAAAAUAAGACAUUUAAAGUAUAAAUUAACGAGCUUUAAUUUCAUAUAUAAAUUGUAAAUAUAUUAGCAUGCCUAGUGGCUUUUUAUUAAAUGUAUUUCACUUAGUUUUUUUUUUUCAAAAUUUAUUUACACAGGUGAUUUUAAUUAUACGUAAAAUUAUUUAUAACUGCUUUGAAUAUUUUUUUUUUUUUUUUCUAUCAAUGGAAAUUAUUCGGGGUGAUAGAAAAAUAACCGAGAGAUAUUAUUUAAAUACACAAAAUAUUAUAUACUUGAGUUUAAAUUGUAGUUUAUUUAUUUAUUUAUAAUUUUUUUUUAUUUGCAAAUUAAUCUGGGUGAAUGCACUACGUACAUCAUUGCACAUGUUUUAUACUGCACUUGACGUAAAACAUCAGUUUCAAGUAUUUAUUUAUUUUUCAUCUUAAAUAUUUAUUUUAAAAUAAAAAAAUAAUAAUAAUUUCAUUUUUAAAUGUUUAUUUAAUAUAUCUAUGCGUGGUUUUAUAUAUUUUCAUUGCAUGUUUUUAAUUAAAAUUUAUAAAUAACAAUUAUAAAAAUUAAAAUGAAAAAAAAAAUAUAUAUGAAACUUUGAGAUGAAUAUCGAGG